AUGCUUCAGCAAAGCAAUGGAGCCUCACGCAAGGCAGAAGACGUGCACUGGUGGUUCAUAUACAUACCACCGACUCCCAACCAGCAGGUUCAGUCGCAAGAAUCCAAGAAUCCAAGAAUCUGUGUAUGCCGGGUGGGCGAAGAGUCGCAGUUGGGGGCGAAGAAGCAGGGCGACCGCAUGCAUUGGGCGUUUUUGCGCUGCUCUCACGACGCCAUUGUCAAUGCGGCCUUCGACGAAACAACCUCAGCGGGCUUGGUGCCAGUCAACCUCGUAGCGGGAAGGCAGACGAAGGGGGCGCGGCCCAGCCAAGGAGAGCGAGCGCACGCACGUCGCCUAGACCGACACCGACAUUUCAGCUGCGCAGGUGAAAGUGCGAAAGUUGGCGCGGUAGCGGGUGGGCAACAGCGCUGUAACAGAUUGUCACAAGUGUCGACGUGGCAAAAAAAUCCGCAAGAGGCCAGGGGGGCGAGCGAUAUGAUGGUCCAUCAUCCGCAGCAGCUGAGACUUGGAAAACGUAUCACCGGUGUGGAGACGGUAAAAGCCAUGACAAGUCUCGCUGAUGCGGCAUCAGUAGAGUGGCCUGGCAUGCGGCUGGUUCUCUACCUCUAG